AUGCUGUCUGAGGUAGGUGCGUUUGGACUCACCACGGCACCACAGUUGAAUACCACAUUCGUUAUUGAACUAAUAAGCGCCAUUUACGAACUGUAUUUUUUCAAAAAUUUCGUACUCUACAUAAGUGAGCAAUUUCUUGAAACUGAGAGCGCAGUGAAAUUUCUAGACGAGUUCUUCACGGUCUUUUCAUUAGUACCUAAUGUAAUUGUAGUGAGCAAUGAUGAAGUCGAUCCCAAGGACUUUCACAUUGAUGUACUGGUUAGUAAGCCAGCGCUCAGUUUGGUAUUCACAACAGGACCGAAUGAUAUAGUGAUGACACUAGCGGCGGAGAGCAUGAAAUACGUACGGAUACUAAAAACCAUAUUCAUACUUACGACGACGACGGAGUUGGAUGCGUACGAUGAGCAUGCCGAAAGCGAUUACGCCAAUAGGAUAAAUGAAACGUAUACAAAGAUUUGGCGUGAACAAUUUCUGAAUACAAUCUUAUUAACAGUACGUGAUAACAUCUAUAUUCUUGAGCCUUAUCCUGAGCUGAAAAUUGUAAACAAAACUCAAAAUUGGCUUGUGAAAGACUUCUUUAUCGAUUAUUAUGACAAUCUCAAGGGUUAUGUGUUGAAUACCAUUAUACUUUACGAUUUGCCACGUGUAUUUGAUCGUCGUUAUGAAAACGGUGAGCUAAAGAUCAGCGGUACUUCGGGUAAACUCUUUACAACCUUCCUGAAAUCCAUCAAUGUGACAUUAGCUGAUUCGGAUGUUGCACGCUCACCAUUUGCGCCCGCGUUAAUGGGUGAUGUGAUUGAGCUAAUAGAUAAUAGAACUAUCGAAAUGAGUCCGCACUCACAAACGGCGCUCUACGCUAUGAAUCAUAUAGGCACAAGCUAUCCGAUUGGCAUAAAUGAUUGGUGUAUUAUGGUGCCAUUUUAUAAUCGUUCGGCGGAGCAUCUCUACUUACUGCGCAGUUUUCAAAAUUCCACAUGGCUGCUCGUACUCUUCGCUGUCGUCUAUAUAUCUUUCGCACUGUGGCUUUGCGCUCCACAACGCCCGAAAGAAUAUAGCAACGCGUUAUUGCAAGCGAUUUGUUCAAUGCUUAGCAUUGCACCCACAACGCUAUUCAACACACUGAAUCGACGCAUGUCAUUUUUGUUCUUUAAUCUUUUUAUAUUGGGUUUCAUAACCUCAAAUUGGUAUACUACAAAGAUCGCCAGCUAUUUGAUGACUUCAUUGCCGUCAGCGCAAAUAGAUACCAUGGACGAUGUCGUGCGCGCUAAUAUACGCAUUAAAGUAUUCGACUAUGAAUAUGAGCGACUGAAGUCCAUGUCUGCACAAUAUACCCAACGUUUUCUAGAACAAUUGGACAUCGUUGAUAAACCAUUCAUGGAUCAGCAUCGCGAUACGUUGAAUACAAGCUACGGCUAUAGCACACAAACAGAUCGCUGGAAGUUUCUCAACAUGCAACAACAAUUUCUACAAAAACCAGUCUUUCGCCUGUCGCACAUUUGUAUGGGUCCAUUUCAUCAUGUAUUUCCCAUGUAUGCCGAUUCACAUCUACAAAUACCACUUAAAUACUUCAUCUUGUAUGCGACUCAAUCGGGUUUGCUGGCAUAUUGGCAGAAAUCGGCUUUUGCCGAGGCGCUGCGCUUGAGAUUGGUAAAGAUCAUGUUGAUACACGAGGAUCCGCGUCCUCUAUCUAUGCGAUUUCUUCGUCCGAUUUGGUAUGUUUGGUGGUUUGGGCUUAUAUUAGCAGGUGUCGUUUUCCUUUGCGAAUGGAAGCAUACAGCUCUGGUGAGGAUUAAGCAGAGGCUUUUAGCUGAAUUGGGCUUCUUUAAUUAA